AGUUACGUCACCAGUCGGUAGGCGGAAAAGCGGUGUGAUUCUGUAUGCAGAGAUAAAGCCAAACCGGCUGUACAUUGUUUUGAAGAAAUCGCACAGAGACGCGGUUUGAAGGUUUAGCUCUGAGCUUCUUCUUCCUCCUGCUGUUGCUGAAGCUGAAAAAGAUGGCGGUCCCUGCGGAUCACACAGAUGUACAGAUGGACAGAGGCGGCCUGAGCGGACAGACAGUUUCCUCUGGAAGCGACAUAGACAUCGACGAGAAAGAGUUGGAAAAUAUCACAAAGAACCACAAAGAGGACGUCACGCUGCCACUGCAUUCACCCUGGACGUUUUGGCUGGACAGGUCAUUACCAGGAACGACCGCUGCGGAAUGUGAAUCCAACCUGAAGAAGAUCUACACAGUACAGAGUGUUCAGAUGUUCUGGAGUGUAUACAACAACAUUCCUCCAGUCACAGCCCUGCCUUUGAGAUGUAGUUAUCACUUAAUGCGAGGAGAGCGAAGGCCACUGUGGGAAGAAGAAAGCAAUGCAAAAGGAGGAGUAUGGAAGAUGAAAAUACCAAAAGAAAGCACUGCUGCAGUAUGGAAAGAAUUGUUACUUGCUACUAUUGGAGAGCAGUUUGCAGAUUACUGUUCCUCAGAUGAUGAGGUCGUUGGUGUCAGUGUUAGCGUCCGAGACAGAGAAGAUGUUGUACAAGUCUGGAAUAAAGAUGCAACUCUUGCUAAUGAAGCAAAUAUCUUGGGAAAGGUCCAUGAUCUCCUCCCGUACAUAUCUUUUAAAGCCGUUUUUUAUAAGCCUCACAUGGACCAUCAUGCCUUUGAGGGAGGACGCUCAAGACAUUAGAUGGUAUUGCACAUUUUUUUUUCUCUUAAAAAGAAACAACAACCCUGGACUCUAUACCUGCCUUGAUGUAAAGGCUCUGUCUGCAGCCUAAUCAAGGAUAUUAUUUUGCAUCGGACAACGAAAUGUUAUCCAUAUAUUUUUAUAACUUUUAAUGACUGAUGCCUUGUUUCUUUUUGAUGGGGGGUGGGGGGAGGGGUCUUAAAUGUCUGAAUUCUUCAGAGAAUGUGUAAUUCCAGGGUAGCUCUCAUUCAGAGUUCAGUAGUUUUCCUGCAAUACUAAACUGCACUGUAAUGGUCCCGUUCCAGCGAUGGACCUCACAAUCUAUGAUGUUGUAUGUUUUAACUGGUAGAUCUGUCCGAUAUCUCUGUUCAUGCUGAUUCUUAGACUUUGUUCAGACCUGGUGUUAACAUUGGUUGUCAGUGAUCUUGUCAUGGCCAAAGUACAUGCUCUGGAUCUGUCCUGAAAUGGCCCUCAGAUCUGAUCACACUAACCACAGUUGGAGGUGGUUUGAGGAGAACCACAAUAUGUUUUUUUUUCCAGUGGUUAAUACUUGUUUUAUGUAUUUUAUGCCAGGUGUGGUCAGUCGUACUGAAGACUAAUGUAAAUACCAGGUUUGAGCGUGACCUUUGAUGUAUCCUAACUCUCUCUUCAUAUUAACAGAUGCAGAAAAAUCAGUCUUCAGUAACUUAAAGGAACUCACAUCUCAGUGCUCUGUAUAUAUUUGCCUCUGCUUGCUUGCCAUGAUGUCAUGAAAUGGCCUCACACUUCAAUACAUGUGGACC